GUGCAUCGAUGUGACUUUCAUUUCUGAGUCAAUAAAAAAGCUAUCAUUGGAUAUGCAACAGCUGUCAAUCAAUCUGCAAACUAUUCUGUACAAACUUAAUACGUUUAAGAGUACACAAGAGUCCAUUAUUCAGUUCGUGGAGGUAUCAUAUAAUGAAACAUUGCAAGAAAUCCGAGACACGCGUGCCAGAAUAGAUGCUUAUCUGGAUGAGCUAGAAAAUGCAUCUCUGAAAGAACUGGAUAAAAUUAGGACCACAUUGCAAACCUCUCUAAAGAAAGAUGUUGACAACUGCAGCAGACUGAAGGAUGAACUGCAACAACUUGGUGAAGCUGUACAGGACCUGUGUAAUAAGAGCACGAAAGAAAUGGAGUUCAUAGCCAAUAGGAAAUGUCUUGACAAAAUUCAAGAAUGUGAGACAUAUAUGAAGGAUAGCCCAGUAAAGAUUCCGAGUUCAAUGAAAUUCCAGGCAAACAUUGACAUUGAUAGGUACCUGUCUAAACUGUCAGGUCUAGGGAGCAUUGGAGUGAUGAAUCCAAACCAGUUGAUGACAGUGAAGAGAAAGUCUGAGUAUAAUAUACAAAUAUCGAGUGACACCAAGACUUGCUUCAUCACAGGCAUUUGCAGCUUACCUAAUGGCCAUGUCAUUGUUGUUGAUAAUGUAAAUAGAAGAGUUAAGCUGUUUGACCAGCAAUACAAUGAAGUAAGCCACUGUGAUGUGUCUGGUGAGCUAUGGGACUUUUGCCUCAUUACAUCCAGUGAGGUGGCUGUGACUGUUGGCAAUGCUGUGCAGUUCAUCUCUGUAAGAAAUGAGUCACUGAUUAAUGGGAGGAGGAUUCAGUUACAGCAUGCUGCUCGUGGUAUUGCCCACCAUCAUGGAGCGUUGUAUGUCACAUCAGGCACUGUUCUCUACCACUAUACUCUAACAGGAACACUCAUGAAACAGCUUUAUACGGAUACAGUAGGUGGCAAUUCAGUUUGGAAGUGUGCAGUGAGUCCUGCUAGGGACAUGAUCUAUGUCACCAACUAUGCCCAGCACAAGCUGAUCACAUUGGCCAUGGAUGGGACCCUUAUAUCCUCGUUCACUGACCCUGAACUACUACAUCCACAUGGCGUCCAUGUUACACCUGCAGGACAUGUGCUUGUAUGUGGAAAUACCUCCAAUUCUGUUAUACAGGUGGAUCAUGAGGGCAGAAAGAAGCUGGCAACUCUGCUUUCUCAGAAAGAUGGAUUGAGCAGCCCAACGUCUGUCUGCGUAAACAAAAAUGUUGACCAGAUCACUGUGGGACUAUGCUACAACAACAAAAUCAUUGUUCUGGAACUCCAAUAGCUCCGCUUGCUGAAUAUUUAUGUAUACACUGUUGUUAGUGUUAUUUAUGAUUUGUUUUUAAGAAUAAAAAAAUAACCCAUCAUAGUUUGUACCUCAGGCUGAAAGAAACCUAGCUUUACAA